CUGCCGUUUAAAGUCAAUUUACGGAUUUAAACAAAUAGGCUAAUAGCAAGCUGUACGCUUCUUUAAAUAAUUUAACUUCUGAGAUGCUAUCCAGCAUGGAGAUGGAAACAGAUGUGUUAUCUGCAGUUUCAUCUACUGUAGAUAUACAGUCAGAUGAGUUUUCAUCUUCUGAAGAUUUGAAACCUGAUAUAUCAACCAUAGUAUUAUCAUCUUCUGAAGACAUAAAAACAGAAUUAACAUUUUUUAAUUUCCAGGAUAUAAAACCUGACAUGACAUUUAAAAACCCUCAAGAUGUUAAACCUGAUGUUACAACAGAAUUUUCUACUUCUGAAGACGUAAAAGCAGAAUUAUCAACAUUGUUUUAUUUCCAGGAUAUAAAACCUGAUGUGACAUUUAAAAACCCUCAAGAUGUUAAACCUGAUGUUACACCAGAAUUUUCUACUUCUGAUGACAUAAAACCAGAAUUAUCAUUUUUUAAUUUCCAGGAUAUAAAACCCAACAAGUCAUCUAAUACUUCUCAAAAUUUUAAUCCUGAUAUUACAUUUUCAAUUGAAAAAAUUAAUAAAAAACCUGUGACAGCAGCAUUUUCAACUGAAAAUUUAAAACCAGAAUUGUCAACUACUGAAAAUUUAAAACAAGACUUAGCUAAAGAAUUUUUAUUUUUUGAGGACAAACAACAAAAUGGACUUGAAGAAAAUCUACAAAUGUCUAUGGACAAAAAUAAGGUGGUUCAUUGUCAUCAAAUAUUUUCUCAAAGUUCUAAUAUUAAUAUGCAUAAAAAUGUCCAUUCUGGAGAUAAGCCAUAUGAAUGUGAUGUUUGUCAUAAAAGAUAUACUCAAAGUUCUACUUUAAGAACACAUAUAAAGAUUCAUUCAGGAGAAAGGCCUUAUGAAUGUGAUGUUUGUCACAAAAAAGUUAGUGAUAAGAAGGGUCUAUUACGACAUAAAUUUAUUCAUUCUGGAGAGAAACCACUUGAAUGUGAUGUUUGUCAUAAAAGGUUUUCUCAAAGUUAUUAUUUAAGAAAACAUAAAAAGGUUCAUUCAGUAGAAAGGCCUCAUGAAUGUGAUGUUUGUCAUAAAAACUUUGUGGGUAUGAAGGAUCUAUUACAUCAUAAAAUUGUUCAUUCUCAAGAUAAGCAAUAUGAAUGUGAUGUUUGUCAUAAAAGGUUUUCUGAAAAAUCUAAUUUAAAAACACAUAAAAAGGUUCAUUCAGAAGUAAGGCCUUAUGAAUGUGAUGUUUGUCAUAAAAAUUUUGUGGAUAUGAAGGAUCUAUUGCGUCAUAAAAUUGUUCAUUCUGAACAUAAGCUAUAUGAAUGUGAUGAGGAAGGCCUCAUGAAUGUGAUGUUUGUCAUAAGAACUUUGCGCAGAAAAAGGGUCUAUUACGACAUAAAAAGGUUCAUUCAGGAGAAUGUCAUAACACAUAUAAAGAUUCAUUCAAGAGAAAGGCCUCAUGAAUGUGAUGUUUCUCACAAAAAAUUGAUUUAUAAAAAGCAGAGAAGCAUGGAAGAGGAAACAGAACAUUCAGCUGCAAUUUUCUCUAUUGUAGAUGAACAGUCAAACAAAUUAACAGAAUUUUUAAGCUCUGAAGAUUUUAAAUCACAUCUAUCAACAAUAUUUUCAUCUUCUAAAGACAUAAAAACAGAAUUUACAUUUUCACCUAUUGUUGAUGCAUAA